AUGGCUGACUAUACUGAAUACGCUGCACCCAGUGCCGACUGGGUUGCUUUGGAGCCGAGCCUGCCCAAGCUCCCUGAAGUUUCGGUCGAGGAACUCAAGCAGCUGCUCAACAAAAGUCGUGAGGACAUUGCUACCCAGGCGAUGAGCAGUGGCACGCACCUACCGACCUGCCGGCGUGGAUCCCUCAGAGCGUCUCCCCUCUAUAUCCAUAUUCACGGCGGUGGCUUCUUAUUUGGGACUCUCGCGUCCGAGGAUGGCAUCUGCUCUCGCAUUGUUACCUCGCGGGCGGAGAAGGACGAGCCCAUCGUCGUAUUAAACGUGAACUAUCGUCACACUCCCGAAUACCGGUAUCCAACCGCCUGGGACGAUAUCGAAGACGCCUUCGUCUGGGCUCACGAAAACAUCGCUGAGAUCGGCGGCCUGAGCGACCAAGUCGUCGUGGGUGGCAUUUCAGCUGGCGGCCAAUUGACUGCCUCACUAGCACUGGCCCAGCUUCGUGGUGAGAAUAAGAAGUUGGCAGCUUGUCCCAGAAUCAGGGGACAGGUCUUGAUGAUCCCUUGCCUCGUUCAAAGUGAUUACUAUGGCUCGAGACUAGACCUGCUGAAGAGUCCUGAGUUGUCUAGCUACAAGCAAUGUGCUCAGGCGCCCAUCCUGCCCGUUGAUCGCAUCAAUAUGUUUAUGAGUCUUCUUGGCGUUGUUGGCGUUGGGGGUGCGGAGAAGGACCUCCGGAUGAACCCUGGCAAUGCGUCCGCGGAAGACGUCAAGGCACUUCCGCCUACGACCUUUGGCAUUGCAGGUAAUGACCCACUACGUGAUGAAGGGCUUUUCUAUGCAAAGCUUCUGAAUGACAACGGUGUCCCUAUCGAUGUCCAUGUCUUCCGUGGCGUACCGCAUGGAUUCAGAAGGUUUGGCGAUAAGCUAGCGUCCUCGAGUAAAUAUUGGGAUCAGGUCAUGAGCGACGGUAUUACCUGGGCGUUGUCGAACCCGCCAGCUGGGGCCUUUGAAAUCAUAUCUGAUUGA